AUGCUGCGUUUUCGCAUUUUCUCGGCGGGCAUUUCGGUGGACAAGGGCACGGACACGGGCAGGGCGGAGGACAGCAGGGUCCACACGGCGGGCAUGGCCCGCACGGCGGACAUGGGCCACACGGCGGACAUGGCCCACAUGGCGGACAUGGCCCACAAGGCGGUGGCCCACAAGGCGGACAUGGCCCACAUGGCGGGUAACGACAUGGUCCACAUGGACCGCACGGUGGACAGGGGCCGCAUGGCCCACAAGGGCCGCAAGGUGGACAGGGGCCGCAAGGUGGACAGGGGCCGCAAGGUGGACAGGGGCCACAUGAAGCAGCGAGACUGUAAGGGGUAUUCUGAUAGCCUGCGCAAUAUGGACAUGCUUGAGGCUGGGCAUCUUCUUUCCGUCCCUCUUCUUUUUUCUCGGCAUAGUGACGUAUUCCUCUGCAGUCCCCGCCGUAUAGCGGAGUAA